AUGAUCAAGGAGGAAGAGGGUUCGGUGCUUGGUCCGCGGCUGGCGGGUCCGGUGCUGAGUCCGCGGCCGGGUCUGCGGCUGGCGAGUUUGGUGCUGGGUCCGCGGCUGGUGAGUCCGGUGCUGGGUCCGCGGCUGGCGGGUUCAGUGCUGGGUCUGCGGGUGCGAAUACGGAUCCCGGUGCUGAGGACAUGGCAGCCGAGAUCGGUGGCACAGAGGAAGCAGAUGACCUGCCUUAAGCUUCCUGGAGGCAGAGUGACCACCAGUCCGGGUGAGAUGUGGACCCAUGCAAUCGACUUCUACGCUGACCUCUUUGGGGCAGAACAGUGCAGCAUGGAGUGCCGCGAGGAGCUCCUGGAGGGGCUUCCUCAGCUCAUCCCAGGAGAGAAAGCUGCUCUGGACUCUGAGCUGACUCUGGACGAAGACGAGUGGUCGGAGGCGAUCCAGAUGGUGGCUGAUAAGCUCCAGAGGCAGGAGGAGGAGAGGAUCCAGUGCAGCCCCACCUCCCACAUGGACAACAUGGCCGAGGAGGAGAUGGACAUCUCCACCACACACCACAAGCGCAAGACCAUGAGCGACUUUGACUACCUGAAGCUGCUGGGCAAGGGCACCUUCGGGAAGGUGAUCCUGGUGCGGGAGAAGGCAAGCGGGAAGUACUACGCCAUGAAGAUCCUCAAGAAGGAGGUCAUCAUCGCCAAGGAUGAAGUGGCUCACACGCUCACGGAGAGCCGGGUGCUGAAGAACACCAGACAUCCCUUCCUCACAUCGUUGAAGUAUUCCUUCCAGACUAAAGACCGCCUCUGUUUCGUCAUGGAAUAUGUGAACGGAGGAGAGCUGUUUUUCCAUCUAUCGAGAGAGCGGGUGUUCUCCGAGGAGCGCACGCGCUUCUACGGUGCCGAGAUCGUCUCGGCGCUCGACUACCUGCACUCGGCCAAGAUCGUGUACCGGGACCUGAAGUUGGAGAACCUGAUGCUGGAUAAAGACGGCCACAUCAAGAUCACAGACUUUGGCUUAUGCAAGGAAGGCAUCACAGACGCUGCUACGAUGAAGACCUUCUGUGGCACUCCGGAGUACCUGGCCCCUGAGGUGCUGGAGGACAACGACUAUGGCCGGGCGGUGGACUGGUGGGGUCUGGGUGUUGUGACGUACGAGAUGAUGUGCGGCCGGCUGCCCUUCUACAACCAGGACCACGAGAAGCUGUUUGAGCUCAUCCUCAUGGAGGACAUCAAGUUCCCCCGAACGCUUUCCACCGACGCAAAGUCCCUGCUGUCAGGCCUGCUCAUCAAGGACCCCAACAAGAGGCUGGGAGGAGGACCUGACGACGCUAAGGAGAUAAUGAGACAUAGCUUCUUCUGUCUGGUUGACUGGCAGGACGUCUAUAAUAAAAAGUUGCUUCCGCCCUUCAAGCCUCAGGUGGCGUCUGAGACGGACACCAGGUACUUUGACGAGGAGUUCACAGCCCAGACCAUCACAGUAACGCCCCCAGAGAAAUUCGAUGAGGACGGCAUGGACUGCCUCGACAACGAGAGAAGACCACAUUUCCCACAGUUCUCCUACUCUGCCAGUGGGCGGGAAUGAGGGUGUGUCACACGAGUGCGGCCGGACUCUGGAGGUGGUCCUUGUGAAACACAACCUGGACUGUGGUUGUGGAGCGCCCCAGGAACGUAUCGCUCUCUUCCCUCCCCCCCCCCGACCGCAUCUUCAUACUAACUCUACUCUACGAUCCCCUUUGAACAGAACUUUUUUUCAAAGUUGCAAACUCUUCUCCAGGCUAAUGUAGACUCUUGACGUGUGGGUCUGAAACUGUGAUCAGUGGUUACCAAAUGUCCGUGGAAGUGGCGGGAGCUUCGGCCGAGAGCAGCCUGCUGUGCUUUGAGACCCGAUCCGCCCUUUGACCUCUCAACGCCGACCCGCGGAUCACACGUGCCGGUGGUCGACGAAAACAUCCUCCGAUAGGUCAAUAGCUGUAUUUAUACGAUGGGGGGGGAUAAGGAGAGGGUUUUUUUAAGAUGACGUGUACUAUGAUAUAUUUUAAGUCUUAUUUAAUCCAAACUGCCAUCGCCGGUUGUCUCUCAGGCAGAACACAGACAGGCGCAGACACACAAGAUUAGCAAACGCUCAACAAGAUGCACACAGGUCUGAACACAGAUCCUUACUGAAAACAAUGCUGCUAUCGUUUGAGGCUGCCCGGUUCGGGGGAGCCGAUACAGUGAUGUCGUGAGCAAACACAUUCCCGAGCCCCCCCCCCCCAUCCGAAGCCGGCUCAAACAGGAUUUGACUCAGGUUUUCUCAGUGCAAUUCAUUCUCGUUGUUGCUGCUACUACUUCUAUUAUAACGACGCCCACUAAGACUACUAUGGGUAUGACAGUAUUGCUGCUACUGCUACUACCACUGCUACUACUAAUACCAGGUGCUACUCUAUCGGCUUCAAUCUGCAGGUCAUAUUACAGGCGCCAGCAAAACAUCAACCACCUCUAUAACCGUCUGUCGUACCGUUGCACUUAGGCAUGUACAGUAUAAACACUUACUUUUAAUGUUAAACUUCAACCAGUCGGAGUCAACUUAUGUUACGGAUAUUAUAUUUUGGUUUGUAUGUGCGUGUGUGUGUGUGUGUGUGUGUGUGUGUGUGUGUGUG